GAAAAAUAAACCAAGCUGGGGAAAAACGACUGGCCCGCCUGACGCAACCUGAAUCUUUCCACAAACAUCCACACUACUGCAAGGCGGAAUCCCAGAUCAACCACCCGAUCCGCAUUUGAUCUUUUCCACCUAUUGAUGGUCCAAAGCCGAAUGACGCAGUAUUGCCUCUAGAGAUCCCCGAGAUACCCCCCUUCCCGCGACAAGUCGCACCGUCGAACGCGUCUUUGUCAACCAACAUUGUCAACCUCCAUCAACAUUGCAUUGUCGACAUCGAGCGACUACCACCACCACCACUACAUGUCACUUAUCCUGUCGCCCAUCGCAUCCAUUACAUUGCAUUGAUCCCAUCAAUUUUCACACAACACCGCCAGCCAUGGAAGCGUCGUCGGGUCUUCCCGACUCGCCGAAAGAGCCCCCCGUCAUGGGAGGCGGCGACGACCACAGCGUCAACCUCCUCACCAUCAGCCCUCCCGAUCCCCUACAGCCCAUUUCCCACAACCAACAGCGCGAAGGUCCCUCCUUGCUGUCGCCCAAAGACGGUCGCGACAACUCGGUUGCCGAAAAAGUCAGCCAAUUCAACUCGAUGGCCCUCCAAGCUAAACAGCAGGAGCGCAAAACAACCGAUGCCGCUCUCCAGCGAGCCGUGCUCGGGCGCGAGGAGGCAGAGGCCGAAGUGCGACGACUGCGUGAGGAGGUCAAGGUGCUGAGGCAGCAGGUUGAGGAAGGGAAGGAGAGGGAGAAAAAGGUUUCCCACAGACUGGAAGUCGUUAUGGAGGACUACGGUCGCGCCAAAGAAUCCCUCGCUCACACCCAAGCCAUCUGGGAAAAGGAGAUCCGCAAAGCGCGCAAGGAGGCCUUCAAAGCGCAGUCCGACAUUGUCGAAUUGCAAAAACAGCUCAAAUCCACUCGUACCGCUUUGAAAACCGCCGAAACGGAACUGCACACCAGUCGAGCCGCGCAAAAGGCUGCCGAAGAAGAACUCGAGCAACAAAAGGGACGAACACAGGCGCGCGAACAGGAAGCCAUCGAAGCGAGAAAUGUCUUGGCCGGGCUCCAAGAACAACUCAACAAAGCGCUGGAACACAUCAGUACUUUGGAGAUGGAAAGGGACGCGUUCAAGGCGCUAGCUAAGAGCGAGGAGCUGGCACGGAUUGCGGCCGAGGGAAAGAUACCACUACCGGAGUCGAAAGAUGUCGAAAUGGGCGGCAUGGAACCACCACAACCAGAAGACGACUUCGCCGCUCUCAAGUCUUAUAUCCACCACACCGCCGACCUCAGCCAUUCCGCGACAAGCGAAUCCGAAAUCGAAGAACUCAAAGAACUCUGGCAGUGGGAGAAGCAACGAGCUGAUCGUGCUUUGGAACUAAUCGCCUUCAUGGAAGUUGAAUGCAACCUCAAAAUGUGCGCCGGCGCCCGAGCGGCUUCCAAGAGGCCAAGUAUCGGGGGCAUGGACGGUGCGAAAAGGAAGUGGUCAGAAAUCAGCCCUCACAAAGUCACGGAUGCGGGUGAUCUGGUGAUUCUUAGGGACGCUUCACCAUCACCCUGCAGGGACAAGGUCUCGCCUCCGUCGGCUAAGAGGACGAAGACCGAGCAGCUCAGGGCCGAAAGUGCAAAGAAGUCGGGGCAGAAAAGCAAAGUCUUUAUACCAGAGCAGGGGAUCUUCCGGACCGUAUCACAGGAGGAGUUGGACAAGGCACAAGUACCCGCCGUGCCCGUUAACGGCGCGAAAGAGCGUGAAAGCCUCUACAAGCGACAACGGCACCAGCGGACAACCGAUCAGUCCUCACGCAUGGCGGAUUCCCGAAUGGGCGAGUCACAAGCUUGGUCGGAGAUGCAGGAUAGUAUCAUGUCGAGACAUCGAAGGACGCCGGAUAGUGACGGUGUGCCUGACUAUGUGCUGGACUCGGAGAGGGCGUCGUUGCAGAGUUUGUUGACGGCGCCGCACAAGCGGUAUGCCGAGUCAAUCAGCAGCGAUGUGAUGGGGAACAUUCCUACGAUACCAGCCUCCUCGGUCAUCAGUUCCGUCAUGUCUGGAUCGGUACAAACCAUUACUGCCUCGACCGCUACGGCUACCACUAGCAUCCAGCAAAGCCAUCUUAACUGGGAAGAACCCGUGCUUCAUAGCAACAGUCAAGAACAAAAAGAAAACGUACCACCCCCUCAACCAAGGGAGAACGAGGGAGCAGAAGGGGAUAGGGCUAACUCCCGCUCCAGCCACGAUAGCCAGAGGUCACAGCCGCAACCACCUAACCACACUCCGGGGCCCGCCUCAGGACAUAUCGAUCACCUCUCCGAGUCCAAGCUAGGCUACUCGCCCUCCAGCCUAGCGCACGCAUCGAUGUUCGGAUCUACCAUGAACUCAAGCACCAUCACGACCAAGGUUCCUCUCAAGGAAGCGUCUACCAAUGCAGACCUUGGCAGGAUGUUCAGAACCCCUUCGAAGGGAAGCGUCGCUAGCGCCACCAGCGAAAACGCAAUGGACAUCGACGGCGGCAUCAACAUCACCAAGUCGCGGUCGGAAUCGAAGGGUGAACUCCCUGUAUCCCGGGAAGAAGCCCUGGCCAUGAUCCGCGAGCGCCGCGAACGCGGCCGAAGUCGCGAGAUCAAAUCCCGACCUCAAUCCCCCGAGAAGCGACCCCUCUCGCCAGUAAAACGUCCCGCCUCGCCCGAAAAACAGCGGCCAGACAGCCCUGAUAAGCGGGACAGAGGCCGGGACCCCACUCCAAAGAAACGAGACGCAUCGCCGAACAAGUCGGGGCGUGCUCCAUCGCCGAACAAGAGACCCGAGUCCCCUAGCAAGCGCGCGCCCUCCCCGAACAAGCAGAGGAACGCUUCACCUACCAGACGACCACUAUCGCCGAGCAAGCGCACACAGUCGCCGAGCAAGGCGAGGGUCAUCAGCAAUGACUUGAGUUAUGCCGGUGUGCUUAAGAAGAGCACCGACGUGAUGACGACGCCUGGCGAAGGGACUAGGAGCUUUAGUGCGCCAACGGCGGCUACGGAGGCGAGGGCGGCAGGGAAGGAGAAUCAGAGAGGUUUAAAGUCUUAGUGGGACAUUGGACUCGCGAAGCUGACUCCGGGGAGGAAGGGGAGGAGGAGUGGGUGGUGAUAUUGGUUUUAAGGGGUGACGAGUACGAUGAAGAUGAUGGGAAUGGUAUAAAGAAGGGGAGGUAAAUUGAGAGAAAGUUGGUAUACCCACUACACUCGCUCUCUCGGGUCGUGGCCUGUUAGCAGCACAAAGGCACAAAAAGCUGGCAGUGCUGGAUAAUGUCGACUAUCAUUGUACAUGGAAUUAAGUAUCAAGUUGCAUCAAAAAAGUGGAUGGAAGGAUGGGAUGGAACUACCUGGAUACCUGGAUACCCAACAUCAGGCUGGAUACGGACUGGAAUACCUCUAGGAUUGUUUGCAAUGGGCACAGGUUGGAUUGAGUUGGCUUUAUGUUGGCUUGGAAGGCGGCACUCAGUUUUGCACCUUUCUAUUCUCUUCUUCAGUUCGUCCUGUUAGUGAAUGGACUUUAUUUUGUAUUUACCAAUGUAGUCUGGUCGGACGGCGUGUAAGCGCCUUUACACCUCUACCUUCUAUGUUCUUCUUUUUCAAGAUGAACUUCACAACGGUCAUUGAAACAUACUUGACGC